AGAGGAGAAGGCGAACUAUGAACCGAAGAUGAUUUCUGCUAAGAAAACUCCGGAAAAGAGUCGUUAUCCUAUUCACGAUAUGGUGUGGCACAACAAACAUCGGAAGCUGGAGAAAGCGCUAUCCGCGAACGAGCAGGUGGAUGUGGAGACCCUGGACCCCCGGGGUCGGACCCCCCUCCACCUGGCUGUCACUCUGGGUCACCUGGACUGUGCACGCCUGCUCCUCCAACAUGGUGCCGACGUCAGCAAGGAGAACCGCAACGGAUGGACGGUGCUCCAGGAAGCAGUCAGCACACGAGACCCAGAGCUGGUGCGCUUAGUUCUGCAUUACCGUGACUACCAGCGGACCACUAAGAGACUGGCGGGAAUCCCUGUCCUCCUGGAGAGACUGCACCAGGCUCAGGACUUUUACGUGGAGAUGAAAUGGGAGUUUACUAGCUGGGUGCCGCUGGUGUCUCGUAUCUGUCCCAGUGACACGUACCGCGUGUGGAAGAGUGGCCAGUGUCUGCGUGUAGACACCACUCUCAUGGGCUUUGAUCAGAUGACCUGGCAGAGAGGAAACCGAAGCUUCAUCUUCCGGGGUCAAGACUCCAGUGCGGUGGUGAUGGAGGUGGACCACGACAGACAGCUGGUGUUCUGUGAGACCCUGUGUGUGUCUUCUCUGACGUCUCCCUCGCCUCAGCGGGGCACUACCGGCCUGGGCCUCCUGGGGGCACUACUGCCCAGCGAGGAGCAGGUGGCAGCCCGCCUCUCCGCCCCCGUGGUCACCACCCAGCUAGACACCAAAAACAUCACCUUUGAGAGGAAUAAGACUGGCAUCCUUGGCUGGCGCAGUGAGAAGACAGAGAUGGUGAACGGGUACGAGGCUAAGGUGUACGGCGCCUCCAAUGUGGAACUGAUCACUCGAACCCGAACGGACCAUCUCAGUGAGCCACUCAAGGCGAAGCCCAAAGGCGGUAAGACGCCCCUUCAGAACUUCCUAGGGAUCGCCGAGCAACACGUGGGGCCCAACAAUGGGGCCCUAGUGACUCAGAUGUCAAGUCCUGCCGUGACCAACCCCACAGCCCUGACAGCCGAGGAGUACUUCAAUCCCAACCUGCCCCUGGGCACCCGGGAUAUUGGCCACCCCUGUCAACUCACCACCAAGACUCAGAGGUUCAAGGCUAAGCUGUGGCUGUGUGAGUCCCAUCCUCUGUCCUUAGCGGAGCAGGUGGCGCCCAUCAUUGACCUCAUGGCCAUCUCCAACGCCCUCUUCGCCAAGCUCAGGGACUUCAUUACCCUGCGACUGCCCCCCGGCUUCCCUGUCAAGAUCGAAAUUCCCAUCUAUCACAUCCUGAAUGCCCGGAUCACCUUUGGGAACCUGAACGGGUGUGAGGAGGGGUCUGUGACGGGGCCGGACCGGGUGGAGGGGGAGGUGGACGGACAGAAGGACAGCAGCCCCAGGACUGACACAGACACCCCCUCCCCAGGCAGCGACUCUUCUAGUGUCUCCAGCUCCAGCUCCACGAGUGAGAAACACACACCUACACACACUACAGCGUCGUGUCGUGGAGGGGAGAUCCCCCCGUGUGUGUUCGAGCCCCCUCAGGGUUACACUGUGCUGGGAGGCAACCAGAGGGCAAACAACAUGCGUGGUGAUGAGGAGGAGGACCUGCUGCAGUUUGCCAUCCAACAGAGUCUGCUGGAGGCUGGCUCUGAGUACGACCAGGUGACUAUCUGGGAGGCGCUGACCAACAGCAAGCCCAGCACACGUACUCUUCCCUGUGACCCCAGUCGCCUGCAAAGGACUCCUCAGCACAAGCCUUGCCCUCCAGCCAGCCUCUGUAACACGCCCACCAAGAAGCCCCCCGCAGCCUGCAGCUACGACCAGCAGCUCCGCCUGGCCAUGGAGCUGUCGGCACGGGAGCAGGCAGAGGCCGAGCUACGGCGACGGCAAGAGGAGGAGGAGCUGCAGCGGACCAUCCAGCUGUCACUCAUGGAGAAAUGAGAGCCUGAUUGGCCAGAUGGGCUGUAGGAGGUAUGGGAAAGGAGGAGAAGGAGGAGGUGCAGAGAAGGUCGUCAAUAGGAGCACCCUACUCCUGGCUGUGACAGCCUUGCUCCUCCGACCGUCCCAUAUCCCCUUUCCCACUGCGCUCCUUCAAUAAGAGCCUAUCUGUGUGGCACAACAGGGCUCUACAGUGCUGAUACAGCUACAGUACAGACUCACUACUCUCUGGUGCCACUCUGCACUCGCAGUCAGUGCAAGUUUACAACAAGAAACAAGAAGAAAUACUUUAAUGGAAUGCUACAUUGACCGACCACAUCAGUGGUGCUAGGGUAAUACAAAUUGUGUUUGUGUGUGAAGGCCAUGCGUUAAUAAACGGUCCUGUGAUUGGGGGAUGGGGUUUGUGUCCACUUCACAGACCUGGGUCUUAUUCAUUAGUCACCAAAUGAAAGAAAAUGUAAUGAAACAGGGACGGACUACAUUCCCCCCCCCCCUCCUUUGAUUUGCGCAAAAUCGAAACGUACUGUAUUUACACUGGAUGGAAUCUUGAUGACUGUUUGUGGUUCUAAUAUGUAGAUAGAAUAAUAACCCUGUAGAGUUCAUGUUAAUAUGAUAACACUAUGACAGGAGUUCAUAUUGAUAUGAUAACACUAUGACAGGAGUUCAUAUUGAUAUGAUAACACUAUGACAGGAGUUCAUAUUGAUAUGAUAACACUAUGACAGGCGUUCAUGUUAAUAUUAUAACACUAUGACAGGAGUUCAUAUUGAUAUAACACUAUGACAGGAGUUCAUAUUAAUAUAUAACCAUGACCUACACUAUAUGGCUACACAUGAAUGAAUACAUACUGAACAAAAAUAUAAACGCAACAUGCAACAAUUUCAAAGAUUUUACUGAGUUACAGUUCAUUUGAGGAAAUCAGUCAAUUCAAAUAAAUUCAGUAGGUCCUAAUCUAUGGAUUUCACAUGACUGGGAAUACAGAUGUGCAUCUAUUGGUCACAGAUACCUGAAAAAAAAGUAGGGGCAUGGAUCAGAAAACCAGUCAGUAUCUGAUGUGACCAUUUGCCUCAUGCAGCACGACACAUCUCCUUCGCAUAGAGUUGAUCAGGCUGUUUGGCAUCUGCCCGGUACAGUUGAAACCGGGAUUCAUCCGUGAAGAGCACACUUCUCCAGCAUGCCAGUGGCCAUCGAAGGUGAACAUUUUCCCACUGAAGUCGGUUACGACCCUUGUGAGGACGACCAGCAUGCAGAUGAGCUUCCCUGAGACGGUUUCUGACAGUUUGUGCAGAAAUUCUUCGGUUGUGCAAACCCACAGUUUCAUCAGCUGUCCGGGUGGUUGGUCUCCAGACGAUCCCGCAGGUGAAGAAGCCGGAUGUGGAGGUCAAGGACUGGCAUGGUUACACGUAGUCAGCGGUUGUGAGGCCAGUUGAACAUACUACUAAAAAAAAACGUGUGACAUUGGAGGAGGCUUAUGGUAGAGUAAUACACAUUACAUUCUCUGGCAAGAGAUCUAGUGGACAUUCCUGCAGUCAACUGCACGCUCCCUGAAACAAUGAAAACAGAUGUCUCAGGUUGUCGUGACAACACUGCACAUUUUAGAGUGGCCUUUUAUUCAAAUCAAAUCAAAUUUAUUUAUAGCCCUUCGUACAUCAGCUGAUAUCUCAAAGUGCUGUACAGAAACCCAGCCUAAAACCCCAAACAGCAAGCAAUGCAGGUGUAGAAGCACCUAUUAUUGUCCUCAGCACAAGGUUUUGUAAUGAGCAUACUGUUUAAUCAGCUUCUUGAUAUGCCACAUCGAUCAGGUGGAUGGAUUAUCUUGAAGAAAUGCUCACUAACAGGGAUGCAAACAAAUGUGUUCCCAAAAUUUGAGCGAAAUAAUCUUUUUGUGCGUAUGGAACAUUUCUGGGAUCUUUUAUUUCAACUCACGAAACAUGGGACCAAUACUUUACAUGUUGCGUUUAGAUUUUUGUUCAGUGUAGGUCCAUCUUUUUCACAGAGGUUAUUACAGGGAGCACAUAUAUUGUAGGUUUCUGUUGUGAAGGGAGAGGUGAGACAGAGAGAAUAGGAGAUGACAUAAAUGGGGACUGGUGGAGAUUAGUUUCAUGGUGAGCUUUGUGAGUUUAUUUUACUGAAAAAAAAGCCUCUGCACUCGAUAUGAAUGGAGCUGUGAUGUGUUUGUCUGCGUGGGGAGUGGAGUGGUACUUGUGUGACAUUUCAGCAUGGCCGACACUUGUGUGGGUGUUCAUUUCUUUGUCACAAGUUGCUUGUUUUUUUAAACUUUGAAAACAAAGAACAUUAGGACAUCAGCACAAAUUAGGAGUCUGGUCCAUACUCCUAUUUAUUGUUUAGCUUGCCAGAUUAUUAUUUUAAGUGGCUGGUUUUCACAAAGUAGGAGCUAAAGGCAAUGAAACAUUUUGUGGCGUAUGUAAGGAAGUCAAUAAAACUACUCUCUUUUUUUGGAACGUC